UUCUCUCCCGUCAAGCUUGCUUGCUGCCCCCCUGGACCGUCGCUUGAUUGGGCUUUCUGUGGGUACAGGGUUGAUAGUAGCGGAAACAAGAUGAUCGCUGAGUCGUCAAUGCCUGACAGGCGGCCCUCUCCCAAUCUGAGCCUCGAGCUCUCCUCCAACAACCCAUUCCGCAAUCGCGCUUCAUCGCCUGCUCUCCAAACCCCCACCAGUGCCGGUAGCCGUCCAAUGUCGCGUAACCCCUUUGUGCAGACUUUCGAGGCCGAGUUCAACAAGCAGGCCCAACUCAUCGACAUGUCGGCCAACAUGAAAGAGUCGCCAAAAAAGGCCACAUUUGCAAAUACUACUGAAGAACUCUUUAACAAUCUCACUCUUGACGAUGGUGAGCAAAAGAGGCGCCCCGCACCCCCGCGCCCCUCGCGUAGCGGAACUACACCUGUGACCAACCACCGUCCCUCCCGUUCUGACGAGGAAGAUCGAGAUCGAGACCGCCGCUCGCGUGAUGCCGACGACGACAGGAGGCGGAUGCGAGACAGAGACGACGACAGACGGCGACGUGACAACGAUGACGAUAGGCGACGACGUGACGAUGAUGACAGGCGACGAGUCCGUGGUCCUCCCCGAGGUCCUCCCCGUCCUGGUGGCUCCGGCUCCCGUCCAAGAAACAGCCCUGACAGACGCGAGAGGAGGCCGAGGCGCAACUCCGAGUCUUCGAUGAUCGACAAGGGCUCGCUAGAUCCAGACGAAGAACGCAGACGCCGACAGCGUCGCAGAGAGAGAGACGAGCGAUCCAAAGACGGAAAGUCUCGUUCUGGAAAAGUACGAAAACCCCACGGCCUCGACGUCAUUGACAAAUUGGACGUGAGCGGUAUCUACGGACCGAGCAUGAUUCAUCACGACGGGCCCUACGACGCUGUACAGCCGCAUCGCAAUCGCAAGAAGGACCACCGCGCCCCCAUGGAAGCGUUCCCACUUGGCUCCGCCAACAACGCUCUGGGUGGUAACGGGCCUGUCAAUAACAAGAUCGAUCUAGACCGCAUUCAUGGCCGUGGAGCAGAGGGUUUCACUGAUUUCGGCCAGACUGAAGCACAGCCUUGGAAGAAGCGUACUGAGAGCGAUGCACCAGGUACUACGUACGGACCUAAGGAUCCCGAGCAUAUUGUUCACGGUGAUGUCAGCGAGGGGUUGGGCACUUCUACGUUCCUGGAUGGCGCUCCAGCUUCACGUGCAGCCAUUGCACAGCGCGAAUCGGAGAAUCAGAAAGCCUUGGCUGACGGCGGUGGCCUUGGCCGUAAGAAAUCGAUUGCACAACGCUUCCGAGGAAUAUCACAGCCUCGACGCGAUAUGGACGGCCGACCCCGCAUCACGUCUCCGGAUGCUAGGUACGGCACGAGGAGCCCCAGUGGACCAUUAUCGACGGGCGGCAUUCAGGGAAGCUCGAAAACGACCGAAGCCAACCCUUUCUUCGACAACUAUGACGAGGCCUACGAAAGGAAAACGACUACAAUCAAAAUCGCCGAAUCAGAGAACAGGGAGGGCGCUGGCUCACCAGCCUCGCCCAGUGGCCGCAAUCCUCUUACUCGAGCUAUAACUUCAGAUGGCGCCGCAUCUCCCCGUGAGACGAAGCCCCAGAUUGGAGCCGGAUUCCUGAACCGCGUCAAGAGUUUGAAGGGUGGCCGGAGACCACAACGGCCCGAGCGUCCAGCUGCGUAG